GAAAAUAAUAAAACAAAAAACUUCUAAAAAAACGAAAGUGCAUUUCUCUUCCUCAUAUAGAUCUGCGUCUGCUCUCUUUCCGCGUCCGCCGUAUCAAAUCUCUUGCGAAGUCAGAAGCUAAACGUACACAAGUCUCUCGAGGGUUUUCAAUCUUAAGCUGAAUGGAGGGAUUUGGAGGUGAGGGUGCAGCAGCAUCGCCUGUAUCACAAAGGGCACAUGAAGCUUGGAGGAUGUAUCAGUAUUAUCUCGACAAGACUACUCCUCAUUCAGUUUAUAGAUGGAUUGGAACCCUUGUCAUAGCAGCUAUCUAUUGUCUUCGGGUUUAUUAUAUUCAGGGGUUCUACAUUAUUUCCUAUGCUCUUGGAAUUUACUUACUGAAUUUGUUAAUUGGAUUCUUGUCUCCUCUGGUUGAUCCUGAGAUUGAAAUUACUGAUGGACCAUUGUUGCCGACAAAAGGUUCAGAUGAGUUCAAGCCAUUUAUCCGCCGACUCCCUGAGUUUAAGUUCUGGUACUCCAUGACGAAGGCUUUCUGCAUAGCAUUUGUCAUGACAUUCUUUUCUAUGUUUGAUGUUCCUGUCUUUUGGCCUAUAUUACUCUGUUACUGGAUUGUUCUGUUUGUCCUUACGAUGAGGCGCCAAAUCUCACACAUGAUUAAAUACAAAUAUGUUCCGUUCAACAUUGGAAAGCAGAGGUACGGUGGGAAGAAGUCUUCAGCAGGUCCCAGUGGCUCCCGUGCAGACUGACGCAGCAGACCAGUUGUAGAGAACUGCUAGAAUGGGAAAAGGAUAAGGCGAUCCGGACAUUCCUUGUAAUUGAUUUUCAACUUGAGGGACCAUGCAUUUACUUUAUGGAUUUGGAAUACGUAAAGGUUAAAAAGAAAAAAAAAAAAAGAGUUCAUUUCCCUGGGUGAAGUGCUGAUUCUUCUGGAAAUGAAAAUUGGUUGUUAAUAGACAUAUCUUGUCAUUUAGUUUUGAGAUUGUUGGGAAUGUAAUAUGCAUUAAAUACAGUAUUAGUCGAGUCUCCAGUUCUUUUGGAUAUUAAUCAUGAAGAAUUCUCUCUGCUGAUCUCUAGAGUUAGGAAAAUUUACAUUCCAUAAGAUACUAAUGGCUUUGUUGUAAUUGAUGCUUGCAAGGUUAUUAAAGUGCAAAUUGCCCAUA